AUGAGCAACUUCCAUCGUCAAAAUUGGAACCUCAGUGUCGCUUUUCUCUGCUUUUGGCUAUUGGUCGGGACACUCAUCGACGCGGUGAAUGCUAUCAUCUGGUCGGACAAUCGCGAGAUCAGACUCUAUGUUUAUUGUGACAUCGUCUCUCAUGUUCGGAUGAUAGUAUUCGUCGUCAGACCGAUGGCCACACUCCUCAUUCUACGCCGGCUUUACAUGAUAGCCAGUCUACAGUCAGUAGAGCUGCCGACUCGUGCCAUGUAUGUUCGAAACCUCAUCGUAGAAUGGACGCUGGGUCUACUCCUCCCACUUAUCGUGGCCGGACCUAUAUACUACAUCAAUCAACUCGCCCGGUUCCAAGUCCUGGAAGGAUUCGGUUGCGCUGACUCUUUCGGUGACACUAUAGUCUCGAUCCUAACCCUUCAAACCUGGGGUAUCAUUCCACCUCUGCUAUCUGUCGCAUUCUAUUACCCAAGGGUGCUGCGAACGUUUUGGCGACGACGCAAAGACGGCGCCCGAUUUCAUCGGAGUGUCGGGUCGGUCUCCCGAGAGCACUAUCUUCGUGUCCUUGCUCUGGCGAGUAUCGACCUUCUCAUCACAUUACCCAUGGGUAUCACGAACCUGGUGAUAUCUAUCACUCUAGGUAUAGAAGGAGGUGGCACCAUUCCGUGGUAUUAUGGAUGGGCUGAGACGCACAGCGGAACGGGAGAGCCGGCCAGCAUACCAUAUGCAGACCUAAAGGCAGUCGGACCCUCACAACUUGCUUCAACAUACUUCGAACAAUGGUCGAGUCCCAUCCUCGCAUUCGCUGUGUUCGGCCUUUUCGGUCUUACAUCACAAACUCGCGCGUCGUACCGAGACAUCAUCUACACCGUCGGCGGCUGGUUCGGCUGGAAGUCUACGCCGCGAGAGGGACAUCGUGAGUCGCAGAUGUCCGCCAUGGAGUUCCGAGGACAACCGGAAGUGUCCCAUAGCGUGCAGCGCGAUGUAGACAUAGGCACAAGGACAAGCCUCAUCAGCUGCAACGGAACCUCCAUGACUUAUAGUGGAGCGGAGGAGAAGGGGAGAGCAGGUGAAAGUGGCAUCUGCGAUGCAGAGAAGUACAUGAAGCACGAGAGCUUAGAGCGGCAGGACAAGCCGGGAAGUUCCCCUGCCGAUAUGUCUGAUGCGAGCGCCGACGAAGGAUGCGGAAGUCCACCAAACCUCGCAAAAGGCAAACAUGAUCCCACACGCACUUGA